GAAAGUGAGACGAGGGCCAAGAAUCAGAAAGCCAGCCGCACGGACUUGGACAUCUCUUUAGAAAUGCGGCUGAGUGACUGAACUGAAGCCCUGUGAUGAAAUAUAAAGAGGGGGUCCAUUAAUAGAGCGCCCGUUGAAAGGUGACAACAAUGGAGAGCAGCGUGAAUUUGUGCAGUCUGCUUAAACACACUUAGGUGGCGAUACCUGUUGGUGUUGGCACCUGGUUCAGUUUGGGAUUUCAGGCCCCACUGAGGGUCCCUACAAGACCCUGGUGGACAGGCAUUUACACAGAGGCUUUAAUUCUUACUGCCACUGGUCAUAAGAUGGGGGGCAACACUUUACAUUUGUACCAAGUGCCCCCCUGACUUUUAGAAGAUAACAGUGGCUGCCAUGUGGUGCUUCGGCCUUCAUCAUUAAAUUUAUCUUGUCAGUCUCCAUUUUGGAUUUAGAUUUCAUUUCUUUGCAGAUUUCAAAUCGGUAGAAGUAAGACCUGCUUUAACAGUGAUUGAACGGAACCCCCAGGUCCUACAGUGUCAACGUUUUCCGACUUCAUUGUUUAUUUCAGUUAUUAGAGGAACUCUCACAAUGGCAUCCCAGGUUCGCCAGAACUACCCCAGCGAUUGUGAAGCUGCCAUCAGCCGAAUGGAUAACAUGGAGUCGACCUCCUCCUACACCUACGUGUCGAUGUCUCGCCACUUCAGACGUGAUGAUGUGGCCCUGGAAGGCUUUGCAAAAUUCUUCAAAGAGCAAAGUGAUGAAGGGAAUGAGAAUGCAGAGGAGCUGAGGGAAUUUCAGAACAAAAGGGGAGGUCGCACCUUCCGUCAAGAAAACAUCAAGAAACCAGAAAAGGAUGAGUGGGGGCCUGUGGUCUUGAUGCAAUGCAGGCCGCUCUAAACCUGGAGGACACUAUCAAGCAGGCUUUACUAGAUCUUCACAAAAUGAAGAGGUGGAAAUCACCGGAUUUAGGA